AUGGCCGCGCCACUCAUUUGGAUCAACGGCUACCCGGGCACUGGCAAACUCACCGUCGCUACGGCACUCAAAAAAUUGAACAAGUCGAUUGUUCUCAUUGAUAACCAUCAAUUAAUUGACCCUGUCGAGGCGGAAUAUUCUCGAAGUCACCCAGAGUAUCAACGACAACGCCAGAUUAGACGAAAAGAGGCCUUUAUACAGCACGUUUCCUCACCCGAUUCGCUUUCCCAGACAGUUGUUUUCACUGAUUUCCAAACUACUAACAAGCAAGGUGAAAGUGUGGCAAAAGAGUAUCAACAAGCGGCAUUGGAAGCAGCGCGACCAUUUCUUCCAAUCUACAUGACUUGCGACGAGCAAGAAAACAUCAAGCGAGUAUGCAGCAAGGAGAGGGUCGACAGCGACACUACAAAGCUCACCGAUCGCCAUCUACUCCAGACCUUUCGUUCCAGUACUGCAAUAUACCGAUUUCAAGACUGCGUCGGCUUGAGCAUUGAUGUCACUGACAUCUCUUCCGAGGAGGCAGCUUCGCAAAUUGCAGAACAUAUCGCACAAUGUGGAGCCGAUCCUCUUAGUGAAAAGGAACGCUAG